GAGGAUUAUCUUGCCGGAGUGAGGCAUUACGACCAGGAGGGAUACCAUUUGGCCAUCCAGUUCCUAGAGCGGGCGCUGGAGGCAUACAGCACUGCCGAUGUGGAGUGUCGGGUCUUGUGUGAAGGCCAGCGGUUUGAAGAGUAUGAAUAUCUGGAUUACAAAGUCACUCUCUAUGAAGCCAUCGCAGAUCACUACAUGCAAGUCCUUGUGUGUCAACACGAGUGUGUGCGGGAACUGGCCACGCGGCCCGGGCGUCUCUCUCCCAUCGACAACUACCUCCCCCUCCAUUACGACUUCUUGCAGUUUGCCUAUUACAGAGUUGGCGAUUACGUGCGAGCCCUAGAGUGUGCCAGGUCGUACCUUCUCUUCCAUCCGGAUGACGAAGAUGUCUUGGACAACGAGAGCUACUACGAAAGCCUCUUGGAAGGGUCUGUGGAUCUAUUGAGCAUCAAGCCCAGAGAGUACGCCGUGAUGUUCCUGAGGCGACAUAAGCUGGAAGCUUACCUGUUGCAGACGGCAGCAGCAGGCUUGGGUUUCUCAUACACGGAGCCGAGUUAUUGGAGCAUCUCUGGGUCUCGGCAGGAUGAACACAGGAUACCUUCUGGUGCCCACAGCGACCAAUCGGAUGGCCCGGGGCCCCACCCAGGGAAGAAAACCACAUGCAAACGGGACCGUGAGCUGAGGGAAGGGGGUCCCCUCCUAUACAGUGACGUGAAAUUUGUCCAUAACUCAGAGCAGCUGAAUGGGACCCAGCGGGUGCUGCUAGACAACGUGAUCUCGGAGAAGGAAUGCCGGGAAUUGCACCAGAUUGCCAAUGGCAUCAUCCUGGCUGGCGAUGGGUACAGAGGGAAGACCUCGCCCCACACCCCCAACGAACGCUUCGAAGGGGCCACCGUUCUAAAGGCUCUCAAG